AUGUGGAGCAGAUUGACCGGUAGCUCUGCUGCCUCCAACAGCAACAAGGACGAGGAAAGUCGCCGCCGCCGUACUAGCGACUCCACGCGUUCCAAGCGCGACCCAGACGCCCGCUCUGUCGUGUCAUCCUCGACGACGCGCAAGCCAUCGACAUCGACCUCAUCUAAACGUGACACUGCGCCUUCCGCGUCCUCGAUUGCCUCCUUCACGACUGCCUUCGACGAGAUGCCGCGCUCACGGGCCACAACAAACAACACCAGCGAUCCCUACGACGACGACAACAGGCGUCGCGACGAUCGCCGCAGCAGCUAUGCCGAGUCGUCCAGCUCGACACUGCGCGACGACAAGGACCGCAAGACGGGCAAGGCCAAGGACAAGAAGCUCGAGAAGCGCCGCUCGACGCGCUCAGUGCGGUCCGGCAGCACGUCGCAAACUGGCGCCGGCUACAGGGGCGAGAUUGUUGACAGUCCCAAGUCGGUCCAGCGCAGCUUCAGCGGCCAGAUUGGCAGCGACGGCUUCUCGCAGUUCCCAGGACAGGCAGGAGCGCCCAUGAUGUCGGGCGCUCUGCCAGUAGGAAGCCACCCACCACAUCCCGACGACAUGGACGAUCACGUGCAGAGCCAGUUCCCCGGCCAGGACCCUCUGCAAUACACCUCGAGCGCGCUCCCUGGCGGCCAUCCAUUUGGAGCGGCUGCCGACUUCUACAACGACCAGGGCCAGUCGGUGCACCAGCAGCCUGGCGUGAGGCCCCAGCCGCCCUCUGUCAUCAUAGGACAGGAUACCCCCCAUCUCAUGUCUGCCUCCGCGCAGCCCAACCCGGUUGCCGACACCGGAUCGGGCGCCGCUGCAGACUUCUACGGGCCCAGCACAAAUGGCUCUUCAUCCAGACCUCCACGACCAUCGAGCUCGUCCAUGCCCGGUGCCUUCGUCGACGACACCCCGACGCCCCAGAAGCCACCGCGACCCGCAUCUUCAUCGAGACCCAACAAGUCGAGCACCUUCGGCCCAGCUGCUACUGCGGCCGGCGGAGCUGCCCUGGGAUAUGCCAUGGGCCACAGCUCUUCUAAUCAUGAACACACCACGAGCUACAGCUCAUCGAACGUUCGCCCUUCUACAUCAUACUCUUCUUAUACUAAUAAUACCCCCCCGGCUGCUCCGGCUUCCACGUACAACAUGUACGGCCCGGGAUCUAAUGCUUCUAAUACCGCUGCCAACGACGGCAGCUACCUCCCACCCUAUGCUGCAGCCGCCGCCUACGGCGUGGAAGGCGCGCCUCCUCCAAAGCCACCUCGGCCAGCCAAGCCAGAAAAGCACUCGUCUGGCAGCAUGGCUGGACUGUACGCUGCUGGCGCCGCUGGACUGGCGGCUUAUGGCUUAAACCAACAUAAUUCACAUUCACACACCCACUCCAACACCCACACACACUCGCACAGCACACACCAUCACCCGUCGACGCACGGUCCGAACGGACAUCACCACAAUGGCCUUACACCCAGUCCAUACAUCUCAGGCGGCAUGGCUCACCAGCAUCAGCACACUGGGCCUGUUUCCAAGUUUGUCGACUGGUGGAAAGACUACGAAGACGUGCAGAAGAUGGAAGAGUACACCGAGUACAUUGGAGUUUGCAAGGGUUGCUUUGACCCUCGCUCUUCCGUUCUGGACGCCCCACGGAAGCACCACUACUACAAACGGCGAUCCAAUGAGUUUAUGCGACCCACUGGUGGCAUUGAGAAGCAAUCUCGAUACUCGCUCAAGGAGAAGAAGUCUUGGGGCUCAAUCUCUUCGGGCGAGGAGCGUCGCAAGAACAAGAGCAGCGCCGCGGGCUGGGUAGCUGCAGGCCUGGGCGGCAUGGGCCUUGCCAAGGCUGGAAAGGCUGUCUUCAGCGCGGGUCGCGACGACUUUGACGACACAUACAGCAUCAAGUCCGGUCGGUCGAGGGUCUCACGACACAGCCGCAGCAGAUCAGGGGAUCGCAAGAGUUACAGCUAUGGUAGCUCUGGCAUCCGCCACCGGAGCAAUUCUGCCGACCGCAUUUCCGUCAUGUCCGUAGGCGUUACGAGCGACAAAAAGGACCGUAAGGAUCACAAGGUUGUUCGCCGCCAGUCUCGGUCGCGCCGUUCUCGCUCAAGCUCAACUUCAAGCUCCAACUCAGGACGCGGCAAGACAGGCCUGAUCGGCACUGCCAUUGGUGCAGGUCUUGCAGGAGUCGCCCUUGGAGCGGCCACAAAGAAGAAGCAGCACAGCCGAUCCAGGUCCCCGAAGAGGGUCCAAGUGGUUCAUCACCGCAGAGACAGCAGUGACGAUGAGCGUCGCAGGAGAAGAUCGCAUUCACUCCGACACAAAGCAUCGCGAAGCUCAACAUCCGGAGCCUCUGUCAUCGAGAUUGGCCAGAAUCACGAGUCUCAGGGUGGCUUCCUUGGAGGCUUCUUCUCUGCACCCCCACCAAAGGAGAAGCGAGUGAAGACAGCCAAUAGCCUGAAGAAAAAGAAGAAGGGCUUCUUCAGCUUCAGCAACGCUUCCACAUCCUCAUCCGACUCCGAGAUGGCAUUCGGCACCGGCUACGUAAGGAGGACGCGCAGACGAUCGUCGCCGAAGAGACGAAACUCAGAUGAGCGAUUGAAAGCUUCGCUACUUGGUCUUGGCGCUACGGCUGCUGCUAUCACAGCCGCGAAGGCUGGCAAGGGCAAACGUCACAACGAGGUCGUUGCUGUUAAGGAGAACCGUCUUGGUCGCAAGACAAGUCAAACUUCGCGGCCCGCCUCUCGUUAUGGAGACGACGAAUGGGAGGACUUGCCAGACGAUGGUACUUCCGACUCUUCGAGUGAUGGCGGUCUCGUAUACGGCGAUUACUCCCUGAAGAAGACCAAGAGCAACGAGUCUAUCGGAUCCAACCACUCAGGUACGAACAAAUGGGGCUGGCGAUGGGGCUUUGGCAAGAAGAGAAGGUCUUCCAACAACCUCUACGACAACAUCGCUAGUACAUCGCUCAUUGGGCCUGCAGCAGCUGGCGCAGCAGGUGCCUUGACCGGCGCAGCUGUUGGAGCUGCCCAUGGACACCACGACAGCGAGUCUAGCAGCGCCCAAACAUUGCAAUCGGUCUAUCCUGUUGCACCCCAUGAUCCCAAUGCGUCGUUCGAUGCACGCCGUACAAGCUCUAUCGUCACCAAUCAGCCUAUUGUCACCUCAGGACCUGGUCCCAUCCCCAUUCAACACCCUCAGCCAGUGCAGCAAGUCCCUGGCGCCAUCUAUUCAACACAAGCACCAUCACAAUCUGGGUACACCACAGCAGGUCCUUCAGACUUCCCACCAGCACCUUACCCACCUCCUUAUCCCACGCAGUCUCAAGUUCAAAACAUUAUCAUUCAAAAUCCUCAGCAUCCUCAAUUCCGUCGGGCAAACUCUUCUCCCAUCCAAAGCUCGUGGAAGCGAGAUGCGUCUAUUGCUGGACUUGCAGCGACUGCCGGAUUUGCAGCAGUUUCUGCGAUGAAACACCCCGACCGACCUCCGAGCCGACCGCCGUCCGCGUCUAGCAAUGUUCGCUUCAACCUAACACAAGAGCAGGCAGAGAAGGACCUCCGUGAGCGGCGGAAGGAGCAGGAGCGACUAGACGAGGAGGCCGAGCGUCGCCGAGAACAACAGAGACGCGAGGACGAGGCGCGUCGGGAAGAGGAAGACCAAGUGCAUCGAGAACAGCUGCGACAAGAGGAAGAGGCCCGGCGAGCGGCACUUGCGCUCCGUGAGGAAGAGGAUCGCCUGCGCAGAGAACGGCAGCUACAAGAGGAUGAGGCUCGACGGAUUGAAGAAGACCGCCGGCAGACAUUGCUCCGCUUGGAGGAAACGACACGCCAAGAAGAAGCGCGACGCCGAGAUGAAGACGAGCGACGUCGCCUGGAGCUGCAACGGCAGCAGGAGGAGGCCCGCAAGUUCAUGGACAUCGAACGCUUGGCGAGGCUCGAGAACGAACGCCGUCGCGAACAGCAAGAGGUCCAGGCACGCCUCGCUCGGGAAGCCGAAGACCGCGAACGUCAUCAACGGAUGUCCGAAAUGGAGCGCCAGCGUCAGCUCGCCAUCGAGGCUGCGGAGGCUGAGCGCAAACGGAGAGAGCGCCGUGAAUCUCAACAACAAGAAGCUGAGCGCAUCGAUGCCGCGAGACGUGAAGCUGAGAUCCAAGAGGACAUGGAGCGCCGACGCAGGGAACGCGAAGCUCAGGACUACACCGACCGAUACGAGAGCGACCGGGCUCGGAAGCUUGAGCAGCAGCCAACAGGAGAUUCAAUGGUUUCGACUGCCACCGUUGUACAACGCAAGGAGCAGGAGCUACAAGACCGCGAACGCGAGGCUUUCAAGUCUGACAAGAAGUCUUCCGUUGCUGGCGCAGUAGCUGCUGGUGCAGCAGCAGCAAUCGCAGCUGCCGCGAUCAAGGACUACAAGGACAACAAGGACAAGGAGAAGGAGAGGGAGCGUGAGAAGAAGCGCGACAGCAAGUCUUCGUCUUCAACGAAGAGCAGCAAGAGCGAAUCCUCCUCGUGGAAGCGCAGCAAGAACGAUUCUUCUUCGUCCAAGAGCAGCAAGAGUGAAUCUUCAUCCUCGAAGAGCAGCAAGAAGCGGGAGCCAACCAGCGUCAAGACUAUCGAGCCUAGCAAAGUCAAGCAGGACAUCUUUGACGAGGACAUCUUCAACCCCGAUAUGUUCAAACAGAAGGACACUUCACGCCAGGACGCUCGCGAAGUCCUUCAAGAUUGGGAACAGAGAUACUAUGCAAAGCCAAUAUCCCAAGCUGAAUUCUUCGCACCGGAAGAGCUCUUGGCCAACGACAACCUGCCCAAGGUCCGCCCAGUAGACCCGAACGAGGGUGCUCCAGAUCUGCCCAUCUACCAGUCCUGGGAAGACUAUCCUGUCAGCCAGCCCAAGGUCCCGCCUUAUCCUCCAUCGUACGCUUUCACCGCCACCAGAAAUGGUCGGUCCUCUCAACCACAACCGCUACCUCAAGUUCCAUCGCUGAACCUCAUCUUGCCUACUCCUCCCGGUAGUCGCACACCUUCUGUGCGCAGUGCAUCUGCCCCUCCAUCGCCCGCUAUGGAACCCAUCAGGGAGACCAGAGAGACUAGACGUGAGCCAAGAGAUGACGAAUCGAACCGAGCAAGGUCCAGGGUAAGCUGGGGCGAGAACCAGUUCCACCACUUUGACGUACCUACUCCGGAAUCUUACCGCGAGCAAUUUGUCUCAGAUGGUGAUCUCAGGUCGCGUGAAGCCACCGUCGAGCGCGAGCCGCCCAAGCCCGAACAGACGACGUCCACCUACACGCCCUACCGCCCCGAGAUGUCAAGAGUCCCCGAGAGCAAGGAGACUGCACCAAGCACGCAAUACGUUCGGGACGAGAAGGACUCCAACUGGGACAGUGUCGUGGAUGCUGCUUCCAAGAAGAGCAACAAGAAGGAAAAGAAGUCAGCUGCAGCGGCGGCAGCAGCAGCACUGACGACUGCAGCGGUUCUUUCCCGAGAUCAACGAGAUCAAGAGGACGAGCGUAGUUACAGACGCGACAAUCCGACUGCAUCUGCCCUGAGCAACCCAACUGCAUCGAACCUUAGCAGUGCGACCUCCUACGAUUUCAGCGAUCCAACUGCGUCUACCGUCAGCACUAUCGUCAGCAAUGCAACUGCAGCUGGGUUCAGCAAUCCGACUGCUUCUUCCUUGAGCAACCCGUUUUCCGAUGGAAACAGGGCCCCAUCCACUAUCGCUCCAUCGAUCAUCUCAGCUGCACCAUCUUCCACAGUCACUCCUUCCAUCAUCUCAGCUGUGCCAUCUACGAGCAGCGUUCAGACAGCAUACUGGCAGCCUGAGUCAGAGCGCGACGCGUGGAGGGCGCCCCAACAGACUACAGUGGGACCUGGCUUUGUUGAAGGCGAGAUUCCUACACCGCCAGUGUCUAUGCACAUGCCCGGCGGCUGGGACGACAUACCGGAAUCUGAGGUGCUCGCAGAGGAGCCGCCGACAUCGUCUGCGAAGAAGGACACAAAGGGUAAGAACAAGGCUAAUGAUACUGACGAAGUUGUAGCUAUGCAGAAUGUUUCUCGGCGUGGAGAGCCAACAUCUGCGGUGAAAGAGAGGGAAGCUGAGCCAGAGGUCAAGCUCAGCAAGAAGGAGAAGAAGGACAAGAAGAAGAAGUCCAAGUCAUCGAAGCGAGCCAGUGUGGACACUUGGGAGAUGAGUGAUCCCAGUCCGCCAUCAAGCCCGAUCAUGGAGCGCGAUCCCAGGGACAUUGAGCCCUCCCGAGAUCCCAGGGAUAUUGAACCUUCUCGAUCUGCUGAAACCUCACGUUUCGCCGACUCUUCUCGCUCAACUGAGCCAUCUCGAUCUGCCGAACCACCACGUCUAGGAGAAGCAUUCCAAGAGUCCCCUAGUCCUCCGAAGAAGCCUGCGCGACAAAGUGAAAGCAGCGGCGGUAAAGCCUCCACCGCUGCCAUGGCCGGUGGUUUCGCUGCUCUAAUGGGCAUGACCAUGAACCAGGAUCAAAACAGGAUGGCCUCGGAUGCCGAGCGUGCCAGGAAGGAUCUUGAGUCCACAGAGAAGCACCAUUCACGCGACUCGCCUGUAUCUCCACCGAAUGGCGCACGUGCACUCGAACGGAAUGAGAAGAAUGUGACAAUCCCAAGCUACGCAUUCGAGGGCGUUGAGGAGCUGGCCGAUAAGACACCCAGGCCGAAAGUCCAGAAAAGACACAGCAGCGGCAAAUGGUCACCUAGCAUUAGUUCUCCUCUCAGGACCGAGACGACGUAUGACGACUACAUAAACGCCCGCACCAUUCCCGAUCCUUCCAGAUACCAAACGAUGGUCGAGGCCCCGAAGGUUCCCACUGCAGCGCCGUUCACGAUGGCGCAUGAUCCAGUCACCGCUCGUAACGUAACCGACUCUGGGUACUAUGCUCCCGACGACGUGCCGAGCCGGGCGGGCAACGACGAAGAAUCGAAUGGAUUCUAUCCCGCAGACUUCAACGAGGAGGCAAAGGACAGGCACUCACGAAACGAUCGCGACCAGGAUGUCGAUGACAGAUACGAUGAUGACUUCGACGACAGACCACGCAGGUACGAUGAUGACGAUGUGGGCUCAAUCGCUUCUCUUAGCUACAAGUACGACGACCCCGAUCGCGAGGAGAGACGCCGCAGACGUCGCGAAGCCAAGUCCGAGACACGUGUGAAGAGCCACGACCGCGAUUACGAUCUUGAAGAGAGUGGAGAACGGAGGCGAAGACAUCGCCAUCAUGAGGCUGAUGAGGGCGCUGACGACUGGGACACGAAAUCCGCCAUCUCCGAGACUGGCGAGCGUCGACGCAAGCACAGGAGAAGGGAUGGCGACAGAGACGCAUCACCCGAGACCAAGACUAGAUCACGCUCGUCAGCAGCUUCCGAACUCGGCGACUACGAUGAUGAUCGCAAGUCCUCCCGGAGACGAUCUAAACGAGAUGAUGACAUGGUUUCCGUCGUAUCCUCAAUCCCAGAUCUAGACGAGGAUCGCAGCUCAAGGAGGGAGAAGGAGAAGCGUCCAAGUGGCUUCCUGGGCCUUUUCGGCAGCAAGUCGAGGGAGAACUUGAAAGAAGCUUCAAGCAAGUCCUCGAAAUCUAAGGACGACGACGAUGAAGAACGCAAACAUCGUAGACGGAAGCAUCGGUCGGAUCGCGGUUCCACCUACGGCGGCUCAGACGAUGAUGACAUGCGCUCCACGAUCUCGACCAGUAGUCGACGCGAAAAGAGGAGCAGCCGCAGUCGUAGCGAGAGAGGAGACGGAGACAGGACGGAUGCUUAUGAUGACAAGGAUCUUUUACAACCUCGAACCCCGCCCUCGCAUGCCGAUGAACAACAGCAACCACAACAGCAGUCUUUUUUAGGCGAUCGGGCAGUGACCACAGCCACUCCAAGUCCACUGCCCGUAAGUGAGCCUGUCGAUCAGGCCCACGAGGGUAGUGGCAUGAUCCUUGGGGAUCGGGCCGAGUUUCCUCUUUCGACCUCGGAUGAUGCCCAACGCUUCACCGCCUCUGGAGACAACGACCUACCACCCGAACUAUCGUUCGAAGACAGCCGCGCGCUUCUAACUCGCCUUACAGGCCUUCAGCCUUGGCAGCUGGAAGCUUUCCCCGAUGAGCUACCUCCGCUGCCGCUGUCUAGGCCAGGUUCGCCAACACGUUCGCCAGACGUCACACGUCCUUCGACCGCGAUUUCUCAACGUCGACUAUCAUCAACGGCAGUUCCAAUACGCUUCCGCAAGCCCGUCAUACCCUCUACCGUUGACCCUAGCUUAGCAGCUGAUCCUCUUCCUGGCCCUUCACCAACCCGUUCUCGCCAUGGCAAGACGCACUCCACAGAGUUUAGGAACUCUCGAGAGUUCCGACCUUUGUAUCUGGUGGAGCGCAACCGCAAGUCCAAUGAGAUCGAUGAGGUGUUGCCAGCGCUUCCACCCAGUAGUGCCUCUUCAGUAGUCUCUGGCGCGGAUUCAGAAGAAGAGUUUGAGUCUGCUCAAGAGUCGCCUUACGAGAGCGCUGGACAGUCAUCUUAUGACUCAUUUUUCGAUCCUUUGAGUACCGUAGCCGACCUCAUUGCGCCCAGCCAUGGACCGGAGCCUCAGCAUCCCGAGCUUGCCCAUCGCGAGAUUGAAGAAGUCGAGGAAUCCGGCCAAGCUACUCCCAAGGCCUCUGACUACUUCACAGGUGCCCAGGAAGCGUCAGCACCGUCUAGCGGUCCCAACUAUGAAUCGCUUACUGCGGCACUGGAGCAUGCCAGAGCACAGGAACAGGAUUCGUCCACCGACGAUUUCAUGUCGACUUUGACCUCCCCACAGGCGGAGACUCCUCUUGAGACGAGCGCGCCGCUCGACGACAAGAUGAUGCGCGACGUUCCCAAAUCCCGCGACACUACUUCUGCCCCAUCGAGUAGUUCAUCAAGACUCCAAGACGCUGCUCUGAGCGCAGUAGUGGGAGGAUUGACAGCAGCUGCUUUGCGAAAACGCUCUCCUUCACCAACUCGAUCUCAGCGCGAUGACACCAAAGACAAGGCUUCGUCAGCUGCUGAGCCAGAGCAACCUGAGCCCGAAACCAUCGAACCUGUUGUCGAACCAUCGCCAAAGGGCAAGGGUAAGGCCAAGAAGACCAAGAAAAGUAAGAAGGGUAAGGAGCCCGUCGCCGCCGAGUCUCCCGUAGCUCCAUCGCCUGUUAUCCCAUCGCCCGUAGCUCAAUCACCCGAGGAGAUAAUGAAGCCAUCGCCCUCCUUCAGCUUCGCCACUACCUUCGUUGACAACGAGGAAGAUUGGGCCAAGAACAGGACUGAGUCCGUCGUUACGGACGAUGCUACGCUUGUUGGUGAGCCUGUCGGAACGCCCAAGGAUACCAAGGCCUUUCAACAGAAGGUAUUGGACACUACUGCACCAAAAGAGGACGAAUCCACCGAGGUCAGACGCGCUGUCUUUGAUAAUAUCCCUCAAGAAACUGCGAGAUCAAUCGAACCUGUCGAAGAGGCAAAGCAGGGUCUUGGGAUCACUACCGGACCGGCUGCUACAACUGUCGAAGUUUCACAAGACGCCCCUGUUGAGCCUAGCUCUUCCAAGUCUGUUGAACCCGCAAUUCCUGAGCCGAUCGUCGAGGAGGAAGUUGCGACUACACCCAAGUCCAAGAAGGCGAAGAAGAACAAGAAGGGUAAACGCGGCAACAAGCAAGCUGAGCCCGAGCCCGAGCUUGAACCCGCAGCUCUACCGGAAGUUCCUGCUCAAGAUGAUCAGAUCUUGCCUUCGUCGGAGUCGCAACAAGACACUAUUGAACGCGAUAUCCUCGAGCCAUCUUUCGAACGCGAUGAGCCCAAGGACAAGGCCGAAGAGCCCAAGGACAAGGUUGAUGUCAUGGAUUUCUUGGUUCAAGAAGAGGCACCAGCCACUUCGACAGAUGAAGCAGUUCCACAAGAGGCGGUGCCUACACCUACUGCUGCAGCAAACCCUGAAGAACCGCCAGCUACCUCGACCGACGAAGCAGUCCAAAAAGAAACAGAGCCUGCACCCGUUACUCCAGCAAACCCCGAAGAGCCCAAGUCGGAAGUUUCAGCUGGGCCUGCCACGCCAGAAGUUCCCGCUCGGCCUAGCACAGCUGACGGCGCCGAACAAGCCAAGAACACACCCGUUGAAGAAAACCGCCGAGCCUCUGGGAUCGAAGGACAAUCGGCAGGUUCAGGCUGGGGUUCCGGCCUGUGGGGUGCUAUUGGAUGGGGCAAGAAGAAGGCCCCGCCGCCGCCAACAUCCGAGCCUCCGUCUUCUCCGAAGCCACAAUCGGCCGUCCUCGCCGCACUAGCUGCUGCCAGGGAAGAGGCCAAGCGCAAGUCGCAACCAUCCUCACCAACUGUGUCUGAGAGGAAGAGUUCCAAGUCCGAGAAGAGGCCUUCAAUCUCUCGAGUGAAAACGCAGGAUGAGACUUCAAAGCCGGAGCUGUUGCAGAAGAUCGAGUCUAGGAGAUCGUCUGUUCCUACACAGCGACCUACUGAGGCUACGACCCGCGAAAUUGUCAAAGAAGAAGCUAGCUCGAGCACCACGCCUCCCACUGCGGUCUUCACUGAUGAUGGGAAGCCUUCCUUUGCAUUCCCCCAGCCAUCAGCCGCUCCUCAGGAACUAUCUAUCGAGACUCCCAAGGAAGCUCAUGUCGUCGAAGAGAAGGCUACGAAGCAAUCUGAAGAUGCUACGCCGUCUACUGCCUUCUUCACCGACGACGACAAACCGUCUUUCACAUUCCCACCGGUAUCCUCUGCGCCUGCAGCUGAACCAACGACAAAGCCCGACGAGGCGCCUGUUGCCAAAGAGGAAGAGAGCCCUGCGUUCGUGUCCCCGCGUACCGCAUUCUUUACCGAUAAUGGGAAACCAUCUUUCACCUUCCCCACGAUGCCAUCCGCCCCUGCGGUCGAGCCAAGCGUCGCAUCGAGGGAAGUACCUCUCGCGGAGGAGACACCGGCUCCCGUUGACGUCUCGCCACGGAAUGCGUUCUUCACAGAUGACGGCAAGCCUUCGUUCUCGUUCCCUUCGGUGCCGUCUGCGACUGUCGAGCAAGCUCCUUCAGUCGCGAAGGAAGCAGAGGUUGUGGAAGAGCAGAAGAAGCCUGCGUUUGUCGCGCCCCGAAGCAGCUUCUUCACUGAUGAUGGAAGACCUUCAUUUGCAUUCCCAUCAGUGCCAAAGUCUACUGAGCAAACUGCCUCAACUGCCGAUGAAAAGGCCCCUGCGAAGACACAAGAACCAGCCGCUUUCGUCGCACCUCAGACCAGUUUCUUUACCGAUAAUGGCAAGCCUUCGUUCUCGUACCCAUCAGUGCCCGCAUCCACCGCGCCCUCGACAACGAGCAGCAAAGACACCAUCGUUGAAGAGAAGCCUGCGGAACAAUUGUCUCUUGGCCGAAGUGGUUUGUUCACUGAUGCUGGAAAGCCUACAAGCACCAUCUCUGACUUCGUCCCGACUUCGUCUGGUGGGUCUGCUUACGACCGUAUCUCGGUCGAACCCAGCUCGUCAAAGAAGAAGAUCAUCAAGACCAAGAAGGAGAAGAAGGCGAAGAAGAGCAGCGUACCGAUUCCCGAUUUCGAUGAGCCUGCGGCCGAUGCUGCUAAGUCUGUCGAUGCUCCAGUUGACACGGCGGCAAAGGAUCUAGGCGACCAGGUGGCCGCCGAGGCUGUCAAGCCUAAACCUGAAGCAGACAAACCUGCGGAGACUCCUUUGGAAUCUGCAAUCGAAGCUUGGGGCGAACAGCUAGUAUCUGAGCCAACUCCUCUGACUGAAGAGCCGCCUAUCGUUGAUUCUGCCGAACGUACCGUCAAGCGCGAGCAACCAGCUACUACAGAGCCAUUUACCAUCGACGAAGAUGAAGUCACGUCACCUGUCAGCAAGAAGAAGGCUAAGAAGAGCAAGAAGAGUAAGAAGGCUGAACUCGAAAGCACUGAGGUUGAGACCGCAGCCCCAACAACUCCGAUCGAACCUGCUGCUCAACGUUCGCUGGAUGCUCCUGCAAGCGAAUCUGCACAUGUCACCGAGACUGUUGCUGAACCGGUAUCCGCAGAGGUUGUGCAAGAGAAGAUCGCGCCCUCUAACACGGAGGCUGCAGAGCUUGUAUCCGAGCUCGCACCGACUGUUGAAGAGCCUGCCCGUGAAGAACCCUCUCAACCUGUUGAUGUGGCCACACCCGCAGAGCGUGAAGCACCAGCUGAGUCCGUGCCUUCUGCUCAAGAAGAUGCGCCAAAGACAAAGAAGAGCAAGAAGAGUAAGAAGAAGAGCGGUAUCUCCACGCCUCAGGAGGAGCCUAUGACUGCUACCGAGCCAUCUUCUGUGACAGCUUCUGAGUCUAUCGCCGACCAGCCGACUUCCGUUCCGGACGUCAUCCAACCUCCUAUUGUCAAGGCUGCUGACAUCCCUUUGCCUGCGGAGCAACCCGAUGAAGACCUCACACAGCCUCUCGAAGAGGCACUCCCCAGAGAUGCCCCUGCCGAGCAGGAGCCAAUUCCCGAGCCCUCUUCCGCACCUGUAGAAGCCGAUCCCCCUGCUACACCCAAGACCAAGAAGAUCAAGAAGAGUAAGCGGAAGAGCGGCACUGUGACACCCCAGCCUGAGGCCGAAGCUGUACCUGAGCAGACCGAGGCACCCAUUGAGACUUUUGCCCCGAUCAGCGGACCAAUAGCAACUCCAAGCGAAGUGGUCGAUCGAUCCCGCGAUAUUGAGCUACCUUCAUCGGCCAAGCAAGCUGCCACUGUAGAGACCUCUCUACCCGAGCAGAAGCGUGACGAUGGAGCUGAUGCCGCGACUGUCCCUCUCCCAACAGAGAGCUUCGAUGAAGAUCUCUCCACUCCAUUAGAGCAGCCAAAAUCUGUGGACGAGAUUACUCGUUCUGCUGAGCCGGCGGUCGAGCAGGCUCCGUCAACACCCACUUCGAAGAAAGACAAGAAGAAGAAGGGGAAGAAGAGCAAGGGUAUCUCGACGCCUGUGGAGGAGGCUGUGGGUCAAGAGGAGGAGAGCAAGAGUAGAGAGAUUGGUCAAGGGGAGGGACUCUUUGGUGCGGAGACAUCAGUCAAGGAGAAUGUUGAUGCGAAGGAUACGGCUACCGAGGAGACUGGAUCGGCCCUUCCCAGAGAGCAACUGCAGUCAGACGUUGCGGAGCGUGCGAACGAGGACUUUGCGUCAGCUGAGCCAACUCGACUUGAGCCCCUGUCUGAGGCUUCUAUCGUCCCAACAGAAGAUGCACCAAUCGCCGAGCCAAGCCAGCCUGUGGAUCUAGUCGUCGAUGAUGUCGCCGAGGCCCCAUCUUCUUCCAAGAAAGACAAGAAAAAGAAGAAGAGCAAGAAGGAGAAGGCCGAUGACGAGGCACCGACCACCCCGACCACCGAUGUCCAGCGCGAGAUGGAGCCUACUCUACAGGCUCCUGAAGCACAACCCGUUACCGAAGCUCUGCCUGAACAGCAACAUCCUGAACCUGUUCAAGAAGUAUCGGUCGAUAUUAUUCCGGAAUCCGGCGCGGUUGUUGAAGACACUGCCGAAACCGCCGCAAGGCAGACUUCCAUGGACGUUUUGACUCCUGCACGAGAAGCCCCAGUCGAAGAGCCCACACGACCUGCCACGCCAUUGGAGGAAGAGCCUUCGACGCCAUCAAAGAAGUCUAAGAAGAAGAAGGCCAAGAAGGGUAAAUCCGUCGAGAUUGAACCCACUUCUGCAGAUCCAGCCGAUGUGCAGACGGAGACCCAACCUUCUAUGGAAGCCGCUGGACCUGAAUCUCAGUCAAUCGUGGACGCCGCACUCGCCGGAUCUUCCAAACCAAUCCAGGAGGCCCAGGUCGAGACUGAAGCAAUCGCAGCAGACCGAGCGAUCGAAGUCGCGCCUGAGGUUCCUGUAGAGUCAGUCGCCGGAGCAGAGGCGGUGCCUCUUCCCGAGACGCCGGCCCGCGAGAUCGAUGAGCCCAUCGCGGAGGUUUCUCAGUCCUCGGUGCCUGCCGAAGAUGUUCCAUCAAAGCCAUUGCAAGAGGCUUCAACCACCGAGGCAGAAGCAGUACCUCUUCCAGAGACGCCAGCUCGAGAGAUCGACGAGCCGAUCGUGGAUGAUCUGCCGGCAACCCCAUCGAAGAAGAGCAAGAAGAAGAAGGCGAAGAAGGGCAAGUCGGCUGACACCGAGCCAAGCACGCCUGUCACUGAAGUAACUUCUUCCCAACCAGACCCGUUCGCGGAAUCUGCUCAACCUGAGGUGCCCACAGCUGAGACUACCCCAUCGAUGCCAGUUGAGACUUCCAAGCCAGAGCGCGAGACUCCAUCGGCUGAGCUUGUCGCUCUGCCAGAGACCGAGGACAAGGAUUUGGAAGAGCAGAGAAUACCUCAAGUUGAGGCCGCGAAGUCACAAGAAGAAGCAUCACCAGCUGAGCUCGUAGCUCUUCCCGAAACAGACGACAAAGAUCUCGACGAGCCCGCAAUUCCCCAAGUCGAGACUGCGGAGAACGUCUUUGUUGUUCCUGAGGUCGUUGCCAACAUCUCUGAUAAGGUGGAUACCACACAGCCAGAGCGCAGCCAAGACAUCGACGUUCCUGUGGCUCCCACUGAGCCUGUCGCCGAAGCCGAACCAGCUGAGCCAAUCUCCAAGAAGAGCAAGAAGAAGAAGGGUAAGAAAGGCAAAUCCAUCGACACUACUGAGCCCAGCACACCGGUUACUGAGGAGCUAGCACCACCGCUCGACGUCCCUUCUGAGACUGUUCAAGAGGAGAACCGUAUUGAGGAUACUUUGCCGCCUUCGCAGGAAACGACUCGCACAGUUGUUGACAUCGAUGAGUCUGCACUCGUCCAGGAGAGCGUCAAGGAGACUUCUUCCGCGCAGCAGAACACGCCUGUCGAGGAGGCUUCGGUUGCGCCUACCCCUUCCAGCCAAGACAUCGAGAAUGAGGGCGCCGAGCCUGUCUCGAAGAAGAGUAAGAAGAAGGCAAAGAAGGAGAAAGCCAACCAAGAGGCCGAGGUUGAGCAAUUCCCAGCGACGCCUCUGCCUAAGCCUAUUGCGGAAGAUACUGCUGCCGAUGCCAAGCUUGAUGUCAACCUUGAGGCAGCUGCACCCGCAACCACUGAGCAGCACCAGACUGUCAAAUCUUCAGAGGUCGAGCCCAAGGUCGCCGAUGCCUCUUUUGAGAAGCAGACCGAGCCUGCUGCCGACGUUGUCGACUCGGUAGCACCUCUUGAGACUACAGAGCGUUCAUUCGACGAUGUUGCAUCAGCGGAGAGGACACUGCCCGAGACUUCACAAGUUCAAGACCAGGUUGAGGCCGAAGAUGCUCCCAGCACACCCAAGAAGAGCAAGAAGAAGAAGAAGGGCAAGAAGGGAGAGUUGGUCUCGGAACCUCAGACUCCCGUUACCGAGUCUGAGCCAGUCUUCCCGGAAACCAUUGUCCAAGAAGCGCUUCCAUCUACCACUGCGACUACCGAAGAGUCUGUUAGUCGGGAUGUUGCAUCCGAGCCUACUGCCGAUGUUUUGCCUACGCCUGUCGAGACAUCCACUACUGAGCAAGAUGUCCCCGCUCCUACAGAGCCAGCGCUGGUUGAGGAAAUGGUUCAGGCGAUCGAUCUUGAGCCAGCGCGUGAUGAACCCGUCCCAGAGCAAGCCCCCGAGGAAGCGACACCACUCUCAAAGAAAGACAAGAAGAAGGCCAAGAAAUCUAAGAAGGCUGAAUCUGAGAGUGAGAUGCCUGAGGUCUCUUCUGCGCCGGUCGAGACCGUCUCGAAGACAGUUGAUGAGCCAGCUCGCGAGGAAUAUGUCGUGCCGACUGUCCAGGAGACACCCAUCGAAGAGCCCGUCGCUGAGACACAGAGCAUCCCCGAGGCUACAUCUCCCAAGUCGAUGCCAGUGGUCACCGCAGGUGAAGACGAUAUACUUCCAAGCAUUCCCCUAGCUGAAGAUGCCGCUGUCACCACUUCGACCGAUACCGCGCCUGCAACUGGAGCGCAAGAUGAAGUCACAGUAGUCGAGAACGAGGACGUUGCGCCUGCGACUGAACAGCACGAAGAGGAGUCUACUUCCAAGAAGAGCAAGAAGAAGGCCAAGAAGGCUAAGCGGGCUUCCAUCGCCGAAGAGCCUACUGUUCUUUCUGUUCCUGAAGCCGCAACCGAGGAGAAGGACACUAUCCAACCUGAGCAAGCAGCGACUGUACCCGAACCUGCUGCGGACCCGACGUUUGUGCCUACCAUCGUUUCUGACACCCUCCCUGAGACCGCCACCGCCGAGGAACUUACUUCUGACACCAAGCCCGCGCUAGAAGUGUCUGUUGAGCGCGAAGCAACUGUCGAUACCACAGCCCCAUCCGUUGCCGAGGCGUCGGUUCAAGAGAAAGAGCAAGCAUCAGUGUCCAAGGAGCCAAUAGUUGAGUCCAAGCCGACUGAGAAGACGCUGGCUGCCGAUGCACCCGUGCCCGAGGUCACUGAGGAAGUCGCGGCUCCACUCUCGAAGAAGGACAAGAAGAAGGCAAAGAAGGCGAAGCGCGUUUCGAUCGCCGAGGAGCCCACAUCAAUCCCGUCAACUCCCAUCGAAGAGAAGACUGAGCCAGCCUUGGAAGAGCCUACAUCUUCAGCUACAGAGGUACCCGUCUCGGAAGUUCCCGUUGUGGAAGAGGUGCCAAGCACUUUGACCGACGUUACCGAAGACACUUCAUCUCACCUUACGCCUGCCGAACAGCUCAUUGCUACACCCGAACCUGCUUCCGAAGAACUCAGUCAAGUUGAGGCUGUGCCAGAGAUUACCAGCCCGGUCUCAAAGAAGGACAAGAAGAAGUCGAAGAAGUCGAGGCGCGAAUCGAUUGCUGAGACGGAGACGGAGACUCAAGUAGAGACAUCAGCAGAGAAGUCACUAGAGCGCGCUCUUGACACUGCUGAUACUGCUGCUCCGGUUCCUGAGCAGCAGCCCGCCGAAGCCACAUCAACGGAGCCUACUGCAACUCCCGUGAUUGUUGAGGAGCCAAGCAAGAGCGAGGUGUCUUCUGCCGUUCCAGUUGAAGAAGAGCAACUUCCAGCGACCACAGUUGUAGAAGAGCAGCCAUCUGAGGCAGUGGCUUCCGAGCCAGUCUCUGCCACCGUUCCGACCGAGACUUCGGCAGAAGAGCCCGUAGCGACAUCUUCGGCCAUCGAUGAGCCAACCACACCUUCCAAGAAAGACAAGAAGGCGAAGAAGAGCAAGCGCGGAUCAGUCGCAGAGGUCGAGCCAUCUCUACCUUCCACUCCGGUUGAUGAAUCUGCUAGAGAGCUUACGGAAGCUGUCAAAGACGUUCCUACAGCUGAACAAGAGCCUGCCGUACCAGUAGUUGAGCAGAAAGAGCAGUCGGACGUUGCUCCUAACGUUUCCGAGGAUGCAACAGCCCCCACUCCUGUUGUCGAUCAGACUGUCACGGAACCUACGGAAGAAGAGGAGGCGUCAUCGAAAUCGAAGAAAGACAAGAAGAAGGCCAAGAAAGCCGCCAAGAACGCUGAGGCUGAGAUUUCUGAACCUAUUCUCUCCGCCGAGCCUUUGACCGAGCAGCCUUCCUCGGUUGUGCCUGACACGACAACUACGACUAUCGACGAGGCUGCGCGCACGGAUGUUGACGAUUCGAUAGCCCCUGCUACAGUCGCCACUGAGGACAACAAAGGCAAGGAGCCAGCUACCAGCCUCGAUGUGAACGAAUCUACCAAGAACGAACAGCUCAGCAUUGCGCCUACAGCUGACAACGCGGUCGAGACCACCACAUCAGACGCACAGACUAUUCCUAGCACCACUGCCACCUCUACAGAUGUCCAGCCGGACGACGAGCAAGAACCAGAGGAAUGGGCUGGGCUAUCGAAGUCGCAAAAGAAGAAGCUGAAGAAAGCCAAACGCGCAUCCGUCGCCGAAGGCGAGGUUUCCCGGCCAGCGACACCUGCAGAGGAUUUGUCAAAGGACCUUUCUGUCGAGCCUCAGUCAUCUGUUCCCGAAGCGGUUGAAGAGACCACUACCGAACAGAAACUUGAUGCAAUCCAGCCAUCUGCUCCUCCAGCUGUAGAAUCUGUCAGCGAUGCAAAGCAGGCUGAGGCAUACCUGGAGCAGCUCACCGCAACUUCGGAGCCAACAACCUUGACCCCAGCUGAAGACCCUGCACCAACCACUGCUACACCAAACCCGUCACCAGGCGAUCCCAAGCCGCCAGAUAGAGAGCUCGAAGCGCCUUCGUCCCCUUCCUCCUCCAAGAAGGACAAGAAGAAGGCCAAGAAGCAAGCUAAGAAGGCAACACCUGCGGAGCCUUUUUUAGCAGAUGAGACGCCUGAGGCAGCCAACUCUGAUACUCAGCCGUCUCUGUCGAUUCCUACACUUUCGGAGACCCAACUACCUUUCUCGGGGAUACCGACACAAUAUCCCCAAUCUUUUACGAAUAACGAGCUUGUUGAUGAUUUUGAUGAUAAGAAGGAGAUAGAGAUUGAUGAUGCGGCGGAGGAGGGGGGAGAUGAGGAGGAGAAAAAAGACGAGGAAAAGAGGGAUGUUCAGAAGGAGAUAGUGGAGAGAGGAGUUGAGGAAGAGCAAGAGAAGAAGGUGGAGGAGGUGGUCGCCGAGGCUGAACACCGUGGAGAGCCUUCGAUCGUAAUUGAAGGGUUGCCAGAGCAGGCUGCCAAUCAGGUCAUCGCUGCUGAAGAGAAACCAACGGAAGUGGAACAGUCUGUCGAGUCGACCGCGGCGCAAGAGCCCACAAUUGCCGUUGCAGACGUUGCCGAGAGGGAUAUCGAGGAGCAAGCACCUCUUGUGGAAGACCUUGCGUCUGAAACAAUCAUUCCAGUCGAUAUCAGCGUCACUGAGCCAUCCCUGGCUCUGGAAGCCGACUCAGCGCCCACACUGGAAGACCCGAUUCCGGUAGAGACGCCCCAAGAACCCACACCUACUCCGAUGGUCGUUGAAGAGGAACAACCGACUGCUCUGCCGCAACAAGACGAGCUCAAGGAAGUUCUGGAGGAAGCUUCUCAGACACCAGUGACACAACCGACCCGUUCACUCGGCGAAGCUGAUGACGACUUGGCCGCCCCUUCUAAGAAAAAGAAAAAGAACAAGAAGGGCAAGCGCGCGUCUAUCCUAGAGGAACAAGAGCAAGCCACCAGUGUUCCUGAACCUGAGCGUGACAACGCCUACCCACCAAGCGAGGAUGUCACGGCUGUGGAACCCGAAGUACCAAUUACGUCUGCAUUCGAGGAUGUCAAGCCUUUAGAGGAUGUCGCAAUUAUUCGAGACAUCGAGGUUGCGCAUCCUUCCGAGCCUCAAGCAGAUGCCAAGCCUACUGUCGAACAAGCCGCCCUUCGCAAGGACCAACAUGUAACGCCUGAUGUCCAAGAGCAUGUGUCUGUGCCGGUCACGACAGACGAGCGCCAGGAUUCAACCACACAGCCUGAGACUCCCGCUUCUUUGCCUGAGGUUACCGAAGAAACGACCAUUGCGGAGCCUGUGCCCCAAGAUGUUGAACGUACCGUUGAUAACAUUGAAGAGCCCGCCAAUGUCGUUCCGGAAGUGGAGCAGGUUCCAACGCCGACAAUCGAGGAGCCGACCUCUUCAAAGAAAAGCAAGAAGAAGAGCAAGAAGGCCAAGCAGGCGUCGUCUAUCGAGACUAUUCCUGAAGUCCACUCUUCUCAGCCAGAGGAGUUGCCAUCCGUUCAUGUUGAGCCAACCCCCCUGGCAUCUGAACCAGUCAACGAAUCAGAAGUGUCACGCGAGGUCACGGUUCCUGAACAGGUCGAGGAUGUUCAACCAGCACUUCCGACAACAGAUGACAAGACUACCGGCCCAGAAGAGCCGAUUUCGAAGCCUGUCGAAGAGACGCAGCAACCUUCGCUACCAAGCAUCGAUCGUGACGCGCCCGCUGAGGUACCAGAAUUCGUAUCCGAGCCUCCAACGACAACACAGCUUGAGCCAACAACUUCUGAUGCCCUUGAACCGCCCACGGAGGAGCUUCCCGUACCUUCGCUCUCGAAGAAAGACAAGAAGAAGAGCAAGAAGGCUAGGAAGCAGUCUCAAACGGAAGAAGUAGUGGAGGAGACCACUCCUGAUGUACGUCGAGAUGCUACUACGGAGGCCGCGCCUACUCCGGUCAUUGAAGAAGUUGCCGAGACGGUCGUCGAGCCAAUUGCUGAGCCGGUCGUAGAGUCGGUGGCCGAGCGAGCCAUUGAACCAGCCACCGAGACAACGCCGGUCAUUGAGUCCACACCAGUUGAAGAUGUAUCCGCACCAAAGCCUGAGGACAUGCCAUUCGUUCCAAAGACUACCGUCAACGAGGUGACAACAUCUGACGAUGCACCAGUGCCUGUCACCGAAGACACCCGCAAAUCCCCAGAGCUCGCAGAAUCAAAGCUUGAACAAGAAAUGAUCUCCAAGCCUGUAGAAGACGCCGCCCAGGUACCGCUGCCUGAAGAUCGCAUCAUCAGCCCACCAGCCGAGACAGUCGGGGAGGACUUUGUUGGCUCAAUCCAGCCGGAGACCACAUCAGGUGCCCAAGACGGGCAACUUUCAACUCCAAUCGUAGAGCCAGAGGCUCCACUCGAGAUCGCUGAUGCCGCACCGUUGUCUAAGAAGGACAAGAAGAAGGCCAAGAAGGCGAAAUCGAAGGCUUCCGACGCUGUCACGCCUGCCAAUGAAGUCGCAGUACAGCCCGAGGUCGAAACUGUCCAAGAUGUUGGCGCCAGCAGCAAUGAGCCAACACCUCGAGAUGUGCCAAUUUCUUUGCCUCAGGAAGAUGCUGUGGUUGAGACAAUCGUCCCUACGACUGACCGAGAACCUUUGCUGGACGACCGCGCACUUUCCAUGCCCCUAACGGAGGAGACCAAGGAACAAACCGAGAAGUCCGAUCUUACGCCGUUUCUCGUGGACGCUAUUCCAACGCCCUUGUCUCAUACUCUUCAAGAGCCUAUCAUUCAGCGAUCGAUCGAAGAGGUGCCAGUCAGCCAACAAGUGCCAGACACCACUGUCACUCCAGCAAUCGUUGAUGAGCGACCUUCCUAUGUACCAACUACGGACGUUGAGCCUCAAGUCGAGGAGCCGGCAUCCCCAUCGGUCUCCAAGAAGAAGAGCAAGAAGAAGGGCAAGAAGUCAGAUGUCGUAACGCCAGCUCCCGAAGCCUUGCCUACAGCAGACUCCGACAACGUUACUUCUACGAUCGAGGACAUCGCGUUGCCUACAGCCGAAGUCCAAGGCCCCAUCACAUCAGUUCCAGAUGAGCAGCCGAAGGUCGAGGCUCCGAUGCAACCAGAGACUACCGUACUGCCAGAAACCGUCAGUGAAGCACCUGCCACCGAGACUGCACCUACAGUCAACGAACCAGUUUCGGUACCAGAGACGACUGUCGUCGAGGAAGUCAAGAAUGAGACCGUUACGCAGGAGCCCGUUCUUGAGCGUAAGCUGAGCAAGAAGGAGAGGAAGAAGGCCCAGAAGCAGGCCGCCGCUCUAGUCGAGGAACCCAUUGUUGAGAAGGAGCCCGUCGUGGAGCCAGCCACGGAAUCCACUAUUGAGCCUGUUGUCGAGUCUACCGUCGAGCUCACCGUCAAGCCAGACACAAUAGAACCAGCGCCUGCACUCGAUACCACUACGGUUGAGCGUGUUCAAGAGACUGACUCAGUAGUGCACGAGCCUGUUGUUGAGUCUUCAUCUUCGCGCAAGGUACCAGAAUCAACGACAGAGGUUGCCUUUACACCGACGAUCGAGCCAUUGCCUCAAGAAGCAACAGUGGAGGACACGGUUGUUUCCACUCCAAAGAAGAGCAAGAAGGCAAAGAAGGACAAGAAGAGCAAGACGCACUCUGCUGUUUCUGAUCUCCCCGAGGAGCCUGUCAAAGAAACAUCGAAUCUUCAGGAGCAAGUACAAGCAACGGAAACGUUCGAGACUGAGCCCGCCGCCACCGAGCGACUGCAGCCUAUCAGCCUACGGGAUCAGGACACAAAGAUUCUGGAGACUGAGCCAAUGACUUCGACGACCGCUCAGAUCGAGGAGACAACAACGGAGUCUGUGAAGACGGAAGAGCCUGCUGUUCAUGCCAACAUUACUCCCGAAGUAAUCGAACAGCCUCAAGAGCUGGCUUUCUCACAAGAGAUGGAUGUUGACAAGCUACCGGAAGAUGUCUCAGCAGUAACUACUGAUGUCCAGAACCGUUCUGUCCCCGAAGUUGAUGUGGCCGAUCCCACUGUCGCACCACCGAUCUCUGAAGACUCCGAGCAACGGCCCACUCGGGAGCUGAUGCCAGAUGCCUCAGUCGAAGCGUCAGCGGAGCCAACUACCGUAGUGGAGGAGGCCAGGAGCCUCCUAGAAGCACAAUCUGAGAGCAUAGAAGCCCAGUCAGCCAUUCUUGAACCGUCCAUUCCGGAGGUACCUCUUGCAUCAUCUUCAAUCGCUAGAGAGCUGCCAUCGGAGAUGCUAUCCGAGCCUGCAACAGAAACAACCGACUUGAGCAACGAGCAGACACUAGCUGAGCUAGUGGAGGAAAGUUCUCUUUCGCGCUCAACAUCGAAGAAGGCCAAAAACGACCGGAAGUCUUUUGCUGCCAACGAGCCUUCUGGACCCGCUACGACUGCCAGUGAAGCCCCUUCAGAAAUCGCCACCGAGACACCCAUUGAGCAAGCCGUCCCUCAGCCAACUCUCACCGAGACCAUGAAAGAGUUGGUACAGUCUCCUACGCCAGCAGAAGAGAGUGCACCGGUCAUGCCAGUAGUCGAGGAGACCCCAGUACCUGCCGUCGCCGAAGCUACUCCAGAACACAACUACCGGAGCCUUAAGGAGCAGCAGCCAAUUGAGCCUAUUGAGUCCACCAAGACACACGAAGAAGCUAGUCAAGGCACUCAUGACCGCUCUGUUCCAGCAAGCGAGCUCUCCCCCUCUCUCAGGGCAAUCCAAGAUGAAGCUGCCGAUCUGCGACUCCGUGCAGAAACACUCGAUGCUGAGCUCGCCACACGAAACGUCGCUGAUGAGCCCUUCACCAUCGAACCCGCUUCCAUGUUCGAUAUCGUCAACAAGCUCACGAAGAAGGACAAGAAGAAGGCGAGAAAGAGCAAGGGCAACACUGACGCUAUGCCGACGACUCCUGCGGCCGAACCUGAGGCUGCGGUUGAGACGAAGGAAGUUGUCGAGACGCCCGCAUUCGUAUCUGCGCCGACCUUGACAGAAGAGCAAGCUGUCGAUAAGAGAAAAGUGGUCGACACACCCGCGCUGGCAGAGGAGACCAUUGCGACCGAUGGGCCUUCUCGCAAACUGAGCAAGAAGGAGAAGAAAAGAAAGGGCAAGCAGCCUGCAGACGAUCCAGUCGAAUCUUCCGAGACAGCAACGCAGUCGAGCGCGCCGAUCGUUGAGUACCCAGAGCCAAUCGCCGAGCAGCCAACAGAGUCACCGUCAGUCGUCACUGAGCCUUCAGUAGACACUGUCGCGCCAGAGCAAACUCACCAGGCUUCCCGUUCCAUCGAUACUGAGCGAGUAGUACUUGAUGAGCCAGCUGCAGCCGACAUCCCGGCCUCAUCUACCGUCACCCAAGAUCUUCAACAAUCACUUGUGGAAAAGGAACUAGUGUCGUCAAGGAAGCUUAGCAAGAAAGACAAGAAAAGGGCUAAGCAAGCUGCCGCGCUAGAGGAUGCAACAUUUUCUCUAUCUAAGGAUGUUCCGUUGUCUACUUCGACUGAGUCUCGGGAAGUAGCUUUGCCUGACUAUGAGGUAGCUACGUCAGUGCCAGCACCUUCCAGUGAGGGUUUCCCUGCGACGAGUGUCGAGGCUUCCAAGGAGGCAGCUAUUGAGGAAGUCCCGGCUAUGACGCCGAAACAACGUGAGGUGGAGACUCAUGUCGAUACCUCAAUCGUUACACCAGCAGAGGCAACCACGGACAGUCUGCCACCACCAGUCGUCGAGCAACAAGAGCCAAUUCUCGAGGAGCCAUCUAUUCCGUCUCGUAAGCUCAGCAAGAAGGGCAAAAAGAGAGCCAAGCAGGAUGCAUUCCCCGCGCAGGAACCCGAGGCGCCUGUUACGGUUGAUGCACCGUUGCCCGAGACCAGUGAGCCCAUCGUUACGGAGAUACCGCACACAACCCAAGAGGUAUCUAGGGACACUUUCUCCCAUGGACCAGCGACCGUCGAACUUCCAAUCGCGACGAACGUCAUGGAAGAGUCAUCUUGGUCAGAGCCAUCUACUUUGCCACGAUUUGACGCAGAGCCAGAGGUUAAAGUCACCGAAGUCCAGCCCGAACCAAGUCCCAUCGACCUUCCCGUCAAGACUUCGAUUACGGAAAGCACCGAGCAACCUCGCGAAUUCCCUGCUGUGCGUGAGCCAGAACCAGAAUCUGCGAUUGCUCCGACUCUCGCACGCAAAGAGAGUAAGAAAGACAAGAAGGGCAAGAAGCAAGACGUGCUUGCUGAACAGCCUCUCACAUCGAGAAUCGACGAUGUAGUGGUCUCUGAAGACGUCCGAACCGAAGAGCGUUCUCUUGACUCGUCAAAGCCUAUGGACCAGCAAGUCACAGCUCCUAUGGACAUCCCAAAUAAGCCCACACAAGACACGACAAUCGCGCCAGUCCUGGAGAAGCAGCCCCAAGAGAUCAUCCCGCCAAGGACUUUUUCAGAAGAGCGUGUGACCGUUGACGCUCCAGCGACCGAAGCCAUCCCCGAGGCCGAGACGACUCCCACGAAGAGUAAGAAGCAAAAGCGCAAGUCGAAGUCUCCGACGACUUCAAGAGAGCCCGCUAGCGUUGCGCCCAUCGUCCCGGUCGAGGAGACUGCCCCUGAACCGACUGUUGCGCGUCAGAUUGUGUACGACAACCGCCAGGAUACGAUCCGAGAACGCAGCCUUUCUCCCAGGAAAAGGCCUACAACACCGUCAACGCCCGGGUCGCCAGUAAUUGGAGCAAUUCUCAGCCAGCCAAAGAGGGAACACGUCAGGUCCAUGUCCAACGUCUCUAUCCCUGAUCUCCACGUCAGAGCCAGUGAAUCCGAAAGCACUACUCAGCACCCUUUGUUGCACAAGAAGUCAUCCAAGAAACACAAAUUGGCAGCUUUGUUUGAGCGCGGCAAAUCGCCUGAUGGUCCUCCUGCGGAACGAGGUCUGCGAAAAGAAGGAUCUGGCAGUGUCAGAAACCUCGCCGAGCAAUACGAGAGUCAAUCACGGUCUGUCACGCCCAUUCUACCUCCGUCUCCCGAGAAGCGUUACCUGUCUCGAUCUCCAUCGCCUGAGAAGCGUCAACUCCAUUCUCGAGUUGCAUCUCGUAAUCAACUUGGCUUAGUGUCGCCAGUGCGAUCAGAUUCGAAGUCUCCCGCGAGAGACAUAGACUUUGCGGCCACUGUCGCCGCCAGUUUGCAGGAGUCUGGUUUUGAUCCAGGAUACGUCAUCAACGACAAGUCUUUCCAUCGCUCGAACUCCAUCUCAGGAGCUCGCGAUAUCACGCCCGAUGAUGAUGUUGCCGCUGCAAAGGAAAGGGCCGGUAGAUCUCGACUGGGUAGCUUAAGCCGCUCUUCGUCGGUCUCCGGUUCGCCAAAACUACGACCAGCCCAGCCCAGCGGACCCGAUGUUCUGCCACCCAUCGAAGUAGCAAUGGCAACGACUGACACUGCAUCGUUCGACCCACUGGAUGUGCUCAACGACCCCGCUUUUGCAACGCGAAAGUCGCCUCCUGGUGUUCUUGAAGAAGCUGACCCUGAUGAGCUGGCCGGGUCGUCAAGUCUGAGAAGGAAAAAGAGCAAGAAGAAGCGUCAUCCGAUACCAGAAACUCCAGUGGAAUCUGAACACAUUCGCGAAGAAGCAGACGCUUCAGUUGCGCCGAUUGUUCGAGGCAAGAAGUCAAAGAAGGACGAAGAAGGAGCUCCACGUCUGCAAGACCGUGUUGAGUAUGCAGCUGCAGAGACUCCGGCGAUCGAGGCUCGUCGAGAUGUGCCUCUCGCUGUUGAGACUCCAGCUGACUCCACAGUCCACGGAAUUGAGCCUGCUCAGUCCGUACCUCGCGCGCCAACCUCCACCGAUGUCCUUCCGAAGGUGAAAACGCAAAUGACAGGUUUGGAAGCCAAGUCUAUCGACGUCAAGGAGGAAGAGUCAAACAGACAAGACACGAUCACGAGGAAGGAGAGACCCAAGAAGCCAGUGAAGGACGGCAAACCUGCAGUCACUGAGGAUGUACCUAUAUUACCCGUUACAUUCGAUCAGGAGGCCCGUUCACUGACUGCUGGAGAGCCGAAGGAGUAUCCAUUUCCACAGGUGACGCAAGAGAAGGAGAUCGAGAGGGAGACGGAGGAGACGCGCAGGCGAGAGUUGAAGAAAGAGAGGGAUAUGGAUGCAUGGGCUCCAUCGCCAAAAAAGAAGAGCAAAAAGAGUAGGAAGGUUGAAGAGAAGGUUGAAGGAGAGUCGAGCAAUGCGCCGAGGGACGCAUCACUAGCUGAGGCACCGGCUGCCGUUCCUGAAGUUCACAAGCGCAGGACCCAUCCUGUAUCCUUCGACGACGAGCAGCCGGACGAGAAGCGCCUACAUACAUUGGAGUCCACUCAAGAGCCUCAAUUCACCACUGAGAGAACAGCAUCACCGGCGCAUGUUGUCGCAUCAGAACGCUCACACUCCGACAAGCGCUCCAAAGAAGCCAAAGCAUCAACGCAUGGUGCAGCACCCGCCAACGAGCCCUCAUGGUCAUUCGCCGAAGUUCGGGACAACAGCAGUCAGAACUCCGCCACUGCACAGUCAGCACAGCCAGUUGAGAAGGCAGCACGUACGCUGAGGCGGUCCAAGGAACCGAAGACUCCUCUAAGUGCAUCAAAACGCUCGAUUGCAACUGAUCAAGAUGCUGAAGACAGCCCUGCCUUACCAACACACCCAGUGAUUUCUGGCGCGACAACGCCAGGCACCGACUUUGCGACGAAGGAGCGAACCUCGUAUCUUUUCGAUUCCUCGCCAUCAACACGCGCCUAUGGCACCUCACCAGCAGUUGGGCCGCAAACGCCCGCUCAUGAUACUCAGAGGGUUGAUGAGACUCCGUCAAAAGACAAAGGCAAGAAACCACACACAGAGUCGCAGCACGGUCGGACAUCGCCUACGAAGCAGAUCGCACAGAAGGAACCAUACCAAUCCUUGUUUGGAGAUCCAAAUGAGAAGAAGGGUGAGACCCUUUCCACGCCUGUCGCAAAGUCCGAACGCACGCCAGGCACCAAGCAACUCGAGUCCAUCGAAGAAGUCAGCCCGGAUGACACAAAGCACAAGAAAUCACGAUCCAUAGCUGAUGUCGGCGCGCCAGAACGAGGACUCAAGUCAGCUCGUCGCACCGAGAGUCUUAGGCAACUUUCUGAUCGCCUGAGAUCACCUCCGCCCAGCACGCCAACACCCACGGGUCGUCGAAGUGUGGCAUCAAUGGCAGACAACUCAGGUGGAAGAGACUCACCAUGGUCACAGGUCAACGACAGCGUUGACCGAACCAUGACUCUCAGCCCCGCACGCCGCAUGCCUCGCUCCUCUCCGAGCGCAGACCCGUUGAAGCAGUACAUUGCUGAGCAGCGGUCGCCCAGUGUCCAAAGUCAGCGUUCUCUGAGCAACAUCGCGAGACUCAGGUCUCCGGAUCAGGAACGUCCUAUGAGCUCUAUGAGCAACAUCAGCACGCGUUCGGAUCGGUCGUUGAGAAGGGUGGACCGGCAAACGUCAGGUGACCUCAGAUCAGCCUCGAGGCUUGGCGAGGCCAGUGCGCAAGACGCUAAGAGCGCGCAACCCAAUCUCUCCAGCACGGCGCUCGCGGCUGGAGCAGCAGCCAUCGCAGGUAUCGCCGCCCCACCGGUUUACGACCCAGUCCGGGGUACAGGUAGAGGUCGCCGUACCAGUAUGGCCGAAACCUUUGUAAGUAGUUCGCAGUUGUUGCGCACGUCGCUUCUGAUUACUGACUGUGUUUUGCAGGAAGCAUGGGGUGAAGCCCAAAGGUCGCCUAGCUCGCCCUCACGUCCACCAAGCGUGCGCAAACGUCAAAGCAUGCAAAUCAUGGACCUCCAGACGCAACUUGACCAGCUAGCUGCGCAAAAUUCAGCUGUCGAGACCGCCAAGGCUAAGGCUGAGGAGGCUUUGCAGGCUGCACAACACCAGCGUCAAGUUGACGAGCAACUGGUACUUGAAGAAGUAGAAGCACGUGACCGUCAGAUUCACCAAAGGGAUAUCGACAUUGCGCAACUCAAGGAUACGCUUCAGCGACUGCAAGAAGAGAUUGCGCGCCUGAAUCAACUCAACAACGCACUAACAGACGCCAAUCGCAACCUGACCAACGAUGCCAAUGAACGAUAUGGUCAACUCCAGUCCGAGGGACAAAUGGUGCACGAGCAAUGGCAGGCAUCGCAACGAGAGCUAGAGAGCCUUCGCAGUCAAUACGCUCAGCUUCAGGCUGAAGGCCAGGGCAUGCAACAGCAAUGGCAAACAUCACAACGAGACUUGGAGGAACUUCGCCGUCAGCAUACCCAGAUGCAGCGAGGUCUCGCAGAUGCCGUCCGCGAUGAAGUUGGCGAAGCACUCGAUGAGCGCAAUGCCGAAAUCGACCGUCUAACCGCAGAGCUGGCGACUGCACGCGAACAGAUCAAGAACCUUCAAAAGCAGAUCUUGGCUUCGAAGAAGCCUAGUGAGAGCUUCCUCACUGUUCGCGAUGAAGACUACUUUGACAGCGCUUGUCAACAACUCUGUCAACAUGUCCAGCAGUGGGUGCUGCGCUUCUCCAAGUUCUCUGACACUCGCGCAUGCCGCCUUUCAUCAGAGGUCGCAGCUGAUACACGACUGGAUGCAUCAACGCGUCAGAAAAUCGACACUCGCCUUGACAAUGCCAUUCUCGAUGGCUCAGAUGUCGAUUCACUCCUAGCGGACCGUGUCAAGCGCCGAGAUGUCUUCAUGUCAGUGGUCAUGACUAUGAUCUGGGAGUACGUUUUCACCAGAUACCUAUUCGGUAUGGACCGAGAACAGCGCCAGAAACUGAAGGCGCUGGAGAAGACACUUUCAGAAGUCGGCCCACCACGCGCUGUGGCACAAUGGCGAGCUAUCACACUUACCCUUCUUGCGAGAAGAGAGCCUUUCAUGCAGCAGCGCGCUCAGGACACUGAAGCUGUGGUGCACGAGAUCUACAGCACACUCUCGACACUUCUUCCACCACCAUCGCAUCUGCAGCGCCAGAUUCAGGAGUCGUUGCGCAACGUCAUGCGCUUGGCAGUGGAGCUAUCAAUUGAGAUGCGCACACAACGCGCAGAAUACAUCAUGCUGCCGCCGCUACAACCGGAGUACGAUACCAAGGGCGAUCUCGUCGCCAAGGUCACUUUCAACGCCUCUCUAAUGAACGAACGGUCAGGCGAGACGACGUCGAACGACGAACUCCAAGCCCGUGGGUCGGUGGUCAAGAUUGUACUGUUCCCCCUAGUCGUCAAGAAGGGCGAUGACUUCGGCGAAGGCGAGGACGAGAUUGUCGUCUGCCCAGCCCAGGUCCUGGUCGCCGGAACCAAGAGCAGGAAGGUAGUGAGGGUCAUGAGUGGAGCGAUGUCGAUCAAUCGUCCCGACUCACGAGCAAGCCGUAUCAGUCGGGUAACGAGCGUCGCGCCCCCUGAGAGCACGAUCAUGGACUACGAGCAACCCGGUAGCAACAUGAUCUAA